AUGCUGCCCCUAAGGCACCGUGCAGAGCGCCAUGAUGCUGAGGCCGGGAGGAGGAGGCAACACCAAGGAGGAGGAGGCGACACCAGGGGAGAGGAGUCAAAACCAAGGAGGAGGAGGCGACACCAGGGGAGAGGAGUCAAAACCAAGGAGGAGGAGGCGACACCAGGGGAGAGGAGUCAAAACCAAGGAGGAGGAGGCAACACCAGGGGAGAGGAGUCAAAACCAAGGAGGAGGAGGCGACACCAGGGGAGAGGAGUCAAAAACAAGGAGGAGGAGGCGACACCCCCGUCGGGAGGAGUCAAAACCAAGGAGGAGGAGGCGACACCAGGGGAGAGGAGUCAAAACCAAGGAGGAGGCGACACCAGGGGAGAGGAGUCAAAAACAAGGAGGAGGAGGCGACACCAGGGGAGAGGAGUCAAAACCAAGGAGGAGGAGGCGACACCAGGGGAGAGGAGUCAAAACCAAGGAGGAGGAGGCGACACCAGGGGAGAGGAGUCAAAACCAAGGAGGAGGAGGCGACACCAGGGGAGAGGAGUCAAAACCAAGGAGGAGGAGGCGACACCAGGGGAGAGGAGUCAAAACCAAGGAGGAGGAGGCGACACCAGGGGAGAGGAGUCAAAACCAAGGAGGAGGAGGCGACACCAGGGGAGAGGAGUCAAAACCAAGGAGGAGGAGGCGACACCAGGGGAGAGGAGUCAAAACCAAGGAGGAGGAGGCGACACCAGGGGAGAGGAGUCAAAACCAAGGAGGAGGAGGCGACACCAGGGGAGAGGAGUCAAAACCAAGGAGGAGGAGGCGACACCAGGGGAGAGGAGUCAAAACCAAGGAGGAGGAGGCGACACCAGGGGAGAGGAGUCAAAGCCAAGGAGGAGGAGGCGACACCAGGGGAGAGGAGUCAAAACCAAGGAGGAGGAGGCGACACCAGGGGAGAGGAGUCAAAACCAAGGAGGAGGAGGCGACACCAGGGGAGAGGAGUCAAAACCAAGGAGGAGGAGGCGACACCAGGGGAGAGGAGUCAAAACCAAGGAGGAGGAGGCGACACCAGGGGAGAGGAGUCAAAACCAAGGAGGAGGAGGCGACACCAGGGGAGAGGAGUCAAAGCCAAGGAGGAGGAGGCGACACCAGGGGAGAGGAGUCAAAACCAAGGAGGAGGAGGCGACACCAGGGGAGAGGAGUCAAAACCAAGGAGGAGGAGGCGACACCAGGGGAGAGGAGUCAAAACCAAGGAGGAGGAGGCGACACCAGGGGAGAGGAGUCAAAACCAAGGAGGAGGAGGCGACACCAGGGGAGAAGAGUCAAAACCAAGGAGGAGGAGGCGACACCAGGGGAGAGGAGUCAAAACCAAGGAGGAGGCGACACCAGGGGAGAGGAGUCAAAACCAAGGAGGAGGAGGCGACUCCAGGGGAGAGGAGUCAAAACAAGGGAGGAGGAGGCGACACCAGGGGAGAGGAGUCAAAACCAAGGAGGAGGAGGCGACACCAGGGGAGAGGAGUCAAAACCAAGGAGGAGGAGGCGACACCAGGGGAGAGGAGUCAAAACCAAGGAGGAAGAGGCGACACCAGGGGAGAGGAGUCAAAACCAAGGAGGAGGAGGCGACACCAGGGGAGAGGAGUCAAAACCAAGGAGGAGGAGGCGACACCAGGGAAGAGGAGUCAAAACCAAGGAGGAGUAGGCGACACCAGGGGAGAGGAGUCAAAACCAAGGAGGAGGAGGCGACACCAGGGGAGAGGAGUCAAAACAAGGGAGGAGGAGGCGACACCAGGGAAGAGGAGUCAAAACCAAGGAGGAGUAGGCGACACCAGGGGAGAGGAGUCAAAACCAAGGAGGAAGAGGCGACACCAGGGGAGAGGAGUCAAAACCAAGGAGGAGGAGGCGACACCAGGGGAGAGGAGUCAAAACCAAGGAGGAGGAGGCGACACCAGGGAAGAGGAGUCAAAACCAAGGAGGAGGAGGCGACACCAGGGGAGAGGAGUCAAAACCAAGGAGGAGGAGGCGACACCAGGGGAGAGGAGUCAAAACCAAGGAGGAGUAGGCGACACCAGGGGAGAGGAGUCAAAACCAAGGAGGAGGAGGCGACACCAGGGGAGAGGACUCAAAACCAAGGAGGAGGAGGCGACACCAGGGGAGAGGAGUCAAAACCAAGGAGGAGGAGGCGACACCAGGGGAGAGGAGACAAAACCAAGGAGGAGGAGGCGACACCAGGGGAGAGGAGUCAAAACCAAGGAGGAGGAGGCGACACCAGGGGAGAGGAGUCAAAACCAAGGAGGAGGAGGCGACACCAAGGGAGAGGAGUCAAAACCAAGGAGGAGGAGGCGACACCAGGGGAGAGGAGUCAAAACCAAGGAGGAGGAGGCGACACCAGGGGAGAGGAGUCAAAACCAAGGAGGAGAAGGCGACACCAGGGGAGAGGAGUCAAAACAAGGGAGGAGGAGGCGACACCAGGGGAGAGGAGUCAAAACCAAGGAGGAGGAGGCGACACCAGGGGAGAGGAGUCAAACCCAAGGAGGAGGAGGCGACACCAGGGGAGAGGAGUCAAAACCAAGGAGGAGGAGGCAACACCAGGGGAGAGGAGUCAAAACAAGGGUGGAGGAGGCGACACCAGGGGAGAGGAGUCAAAACAAGGGAGGAGGAGGCGACACCAGGGGAGAGGAGUCAAAACCAAGGAGGAGGAGGCGACACCAGGGGGUUGGAGUGAAAACCAAGGAGGAGGAGGCGACACCAGGGGAGAGGAGUCAAAACCAAGGAGGAGGAGGCGACACCAGGGGAGAGGAGUCAAAACCAAGGAGGAGGAGGCAACACCAGGGGAGAGGAGUCAAAACAAGGGUGGAGGAGGCGACACCAGGGGAGAGGAGUCAAAACCAAGGAGGAGGAGGCGACACCAGGGGAGAGGAGUCAAAACCAAGGAGGAGGAGGCGACACCAGGGGAGAGGAGUCAAAACCAAGGAGGAGGAGGCGACACCAGGGGAGAGGAGUCAAAACCAAGGAGGAGGAGGCGACACCGGGGGAGAGGAGUCAAAACCAAGGAGGAGGAGGCGACACCAGGGGAGAGGAGUCAAAACCAAGGAGGAGGAGGCGACACCGGGGGAGAGGAGUCAAAACCAAGGAGGAGGAGGCGACACCAGGGGAGAGGAGUCAAAACCAAGGAGGAGGAGGCGACACCAGGGGAGAGGAGUCAAAACCAAGGAGGAGGAGGCGACACCAGGGGAGAGGAGUCAAAACCAAGGAGGAGGAGGCGACACCGGGGGAGAGGAGUCAAAACCAAGGAGGAGGAGGCGACACCAGGGGAGAGGAGUCAAAACCAAGGAGGAGGAGGCGACACCGGGGGAGAGGAGUCAAAACCAAGGAGGAGGAGGCGACACCAGGGGAGAGGAGUCAAAACCAAGGAGGAGGAGGCGACACCAGGGGAGAGGAGUCAAAACCAAGGAGGAGGAGGCGACACCAGGGGAGAGGAGUCAAAACAAGGGAGGAGGAGGCGACACCAGGGGAGAGGAGUCAAAACCAAGGAGGAGGAGGCGACACCAGGGGAGAGGAGUCAAAACCAAGGAGGAGGAGGCGACACCAGGGGAGAGGAGUCAAAACCAAGGAGGAGGAGGCAACACCAGGGGAGAGGAGUCAAAACAAGGGUGGAGGAGGCGACACCAGGGGAGAGGAGUCAAAACCAAGGAGGAGGAGGCGACACCAGGGGAGAGGAGUCAAAACCAAGGAGGAGGAGGCGACACCAGGGGAGAGGAGUCAAAACCAAGGAGGAGGAGGCGACACCAGGGGAGAGGAGUCAAAACCAAGGAGGAGGAGGCGACACCAGGGGAGAGGAGUCAAAACCAAGGAGGAGGAGGCAACACCAGGGGAGAGGAGUCAAAACAAGGGUGGAAGAGGCGACACCAGGGGAGAGGAGUCAAAACCAAGGAGGAGGAGGCGACACCAGGGGAGAGGAGUCAAAACCAAGGAGGAGGAGGCGACACCAGGGGAGAGGAGUCAAAACCAAGGAGGAGGAGGCGACACCAGGGGAGAGGAGUCAAAACCAAGGAGGAGGAGGCGACACCGGGGGAGAGGAGUCAAAACCAAGGAGGAGGAGGCGACACCAGGGGAGAGGAGUCAAAACCAAGGAGGAGGAGGCGACACCGGGGGAGAGGAGUCAAAACCAAGGAGGAGGAGGCGACACCAGGGGAGAGGAGUCAAAACCAAGGAGGAGGAGGCGACACCAGGGGAGAGGAGUCAAAACCAAGGAGGAGGAGGCGACACCAGGGGAGAGGAGUCAAAACCAAGGAGGAGGAGGCGACACCAGGGGAGAGGAGUCAAAACCAAGGAGGAGGAGGCGACACCGGGGGAGAGGAGUCAAAACCAAGGAGGAGGAGGCGACACCAGGGGAGAGGAGUCAAAACCAAGGAGGAGGAGGCGACACCAGGGGGUUGGAGUGAAAACCAAGGAGGAGGAGGCGACACAAGGGGAGAGGAGUCAAAACCAAGGAGGAGGAGGCGACACCAGGGGAGAGGAGUCAAAACCAAGGAGGAGGAGGCGACACCAGGGGAGAGGACUCAAAACCAAGGAGCAGGAGGCGACACCAGGGGAGAGGAGUCAAAACCACGGAGGAGGAGGCGACACCAGGGGAGAGGAGUCAAAACCAAGGAGGAGGAGGCGACACCAGGGGAGAGGAGUCAAAACCAAGGAGGAGGAGGCGACACCAGGGGAGAGGAGUCAAAACCAAGUAGGAGGAGGCGACACCAGGGGAGAGGAGUCAAAACCGAGGAGGAGGCGACACCAGAGGAGAGGAGUCAAAACCAAGGAGGAGGAGGCGACUCCAGGGGAGAGGAGUCAAAACAAGGGAGGAGGAGGCGACACCAGGGGAGAGGAGUCAAAACCAAGGAGGAGGAGGCGACACCAGGGGAGAGGAGUCAAAACCAAGGAGGAGGAGGCGACACCAGGGGAGAGGAGUCAAAACCAAGGAGGAAGAGGCGACACCAGGGGAGAGGAGUCAAAACCAAGGAGGAGGAGGCGACACCAGGGGAGAGGAGUCAAAACCAAGGAGGAGGAGGCGACACCAGGGAAGAGGAGUCAAAACCAAGGAGGAGUAGGCGACACCAGGGGAGAGGAGUCAAAACCAAGGAGGAGGAGGCGACACCAGGGGAGAGGAGUCAAAACAAGGGAGGAGGAGGCGACACCAGGGGAGAGGAGCGACACCAGGGGAGAGGACUCAAAACCAAGGAGGAGGAGGCGACACCAGGGGAGAGGAGUCAAGACCAAGGAGGAGGAGGCGACACCAGGGGAGAGGAGACAAAACCAAGGAGGAGGAGGCGACACCAGGGGAGAGGAGUCAAAACCAAGGAGGAGGAGGCGACACCAGGGGAGAGGAGUCAAAACCAAGGAGGAGGAGGCGACACCAAGGGAGAGGAGUCAAAACCAAGGAGGAGGAGGCGACACCAGGGGAGAGGAGUCAAAACCAAGGAGGAGGAGGCGACACCAGGGGAGAGGAGUCAAAACCAAGGAGGAGAAGGCGACACCAGGGGAGAGGAGUCAAAACAAGGGAGGAGGAGGCGACACCAGGGGAGAGGAGUCAAAACCAAGGAGGAGGAGGCGACACCAGGGGAGAGGAGUCAAACCCAAGGAGGAGGAGGCGACACCAGGGGAGAGGAGUCAAAACCAAGGAGGAGGAGGCAACACCAGGGGAGAGGAGUCAAAACAAGGGUGGAGGAGGCGACACCAGGGGAGAGGAGUCAAAACAAGGGAGGAGGAGGCGACCAGGGGAGAGGAGUCAAAACCAAGGAGGAGGAGGCGACACCAGGGGGUUGGAGUGAAAACCAAGGAGGAGGAGGCGACACCAGGGGAGAGGAGUCAAAACCAAGGAGGAGGAGGCGACACCAGGGGAGAGGAGUCAAAACCAAGGAGGAGGAGGCAACACCAGGGGAGAGGAGUCAAAACAAGGGUGGAGGAGGCGACACCAGGGGAGAGGAGUCAAAACCAAGGAGGAGGAGGCGACACCAGGGGAGAGGAGUCAAAACCAAGGAGGAGGAGGCGACACCAGGGGAGAGGAGUCAAAACCAAGGAGGAGGAGGCGACACCAGGGGAGAGGAGUCAAAACCAAGGAGGAGGAGGCGACACCGGGGGAGAGGAGUCAAAACCAAGGAGGAGGAGGCGACACCAGGGGAGAGGAGUCAAAACCAAGGAGGAGGAGGCGACACCGGGGGAGAGGAGUCAAAACCAAGGAGGAGGAGGCGACACCAGGGGAGAGGAGUCAAAACCAAGGAGGAGGAGGCGACACCAGGGGAGAGGAGUCAAAACCAAGGAGGAGGAGGCGACACCAGGGGAGAGGAGUCAAAACCAAGGAGGAGGAGGCGACACCGGGGGAGAGGAGUCAAAACCAAGGAGGAGGAGGCGACACCAGGGGAGAGGAGUCAAAACCAAGGAGGAGGAGGCGACACCGGGGGAGAGGAGUCAAAACCAAGGAGGAGGAGGCGACACCAGGGGAGAGGAGUCAAAACCAAGGAGGAGGAGGCGACACCAGGGGAGAGGAGUCAAAACCAAGGAGGAGGAGGCGACACCAGGGGAGAGGAGUCAAAACAAGGGAGGAGGAGGCGACACCAGGGGAGAGGAGUCAAAACCAAGGAGGAGGAGGCGACACCAGGGGAGAGGAGUCAAAACCAAGGAGGAGGAGGCGACACCAGGGGAGAGGAGUCAAAACCAAGGAGGAGGAGGCAACACCAGGGGAGAGGAGUCAAAACAAGGGUGGAGGAGGCGACACCAGGGGAGAGGAGUCAAAACCAAGGAGGAGGAGGCGACACCAGGGGAGAGGAGUCAAAACCAAGGAGGAGGAGGCGACACCAGGGGAGAGGAGUCAAAACCAAGGAGGAGGAGGCGACACCAGGGGAGAGGAGUCAAAACCAAGGAGGAGGAGGCGACACCAGGGGAGAGGAGUCAAAACCAAGGAGGAGGAGGCAACACCAGGGGAGAGGAGUCAAAACAAGGGUGGAAGAGGCGACACCAGGGGAGAGGAGUCAAAACCAAGGAGGAGGAGGCGACACCAGGGGAGAGGAGUCAAAACCAAGGAGGAGGAGGCGACACCAGGGGAGAGGAGUCAAAACCAAGGAGGAGGAGGCGACACCAGGGGAGAGGAGUCAAAACCAAGGAGGAGGAGGCGACACCGGGGGAGAGGAGUCAAAACCAAGGAGGAGGAGGCGACACCAGGGGAGAGGAGUCAAAACCAAGGAGGAGGAGGCGACACCGGGGGAGAGGAGUCAAAACCAAGGAGGAGGAGGCGACACCAGGGGAGAGGAGUCAAAACCAAGGAGGAGGAGGCGACACCAGGGGGUUGGAGUGAAAACCAAGGAGGAGGAGGCGACACAAGGGGAGAGGAGUCAAAACCAAGGAGGAGGAGGCGACACCAGGGGAGAGGAGUCAAAACCAAGGAGGAGGAGGCGACACCAGGGGAGAGGACUCAAAACCAAGGAGCAGGAGGCGACACCAGGGGAGAGGAGUCAAAACCACGGAGGAGGAGGCGACACCAGGGGAGAGGAGUCAAAACCAAGGAGGAGGAGGCGACACCAGGGGAGAGGAGUCAAAACCAAGGAGGAGGAGGCGACACCAGGGGAGAGGAGUCAAAACCAAGGAGGAGGAGGCGACACCAGGGGAGAGGAGUCAAAACCGAGGAGGAGGCGACACCAGGGGAGAGGAGUCAAAACCAAGGAGGAGGAGGCGACACCAGGGGAGAGGAGUCAAAACCAAGGAGGAGGAGGCGACACCAGGGGAGAGGAGUCAAAACCAAGGAGGAGGAGGCGACACCGGGGGAGAGGAGUCAAAACCAAGGAGGAGGAGGCGACACCAGGGGAGAGGAGUCAAAACCAAGGAGGAGGAGGCGACACCAGGGGAGAGGAGUCAAAACCAAGGAGGAGGAGGCGACACCAGGGGAGAGGAGUCAAAACCAAGGAGGAGGAGGCGACACCAGGGGAGAGGAGUCAAAACCAAGGAGAUGGAGGCGACACCAGGGGAGAGGAGUCAAAACCAAGGAGGAGGAGGCGACACCAGGGGAGAGGAGUCAAAACCAAGGAGGAGGAGGCGACACCAGGGGAGAGGAGUCAAAACCAAGGAGGAGGAGGCGACACCGGGGGAGAGGAGUCAAAACCAAGGAGGAGGAGGCGACACCAGGGGAGAGGAGUCAAAACCAAGGAGGAGGAGGCGACACCAGGGGAGAGGAGUCAAAACCAAGGAGGAGGAGGCGACACCAGGGGAGAGGAGUCAAAACCAAGGAGGAGGAGGCGACACCAGGGGAGAGGAGUCAAAACCAAGGAGAUGGAGGCGACACCAGGGGAGAGGAGUCAAAACCAAGGAGGAGGAGGCGACACCAGGGGAGAGGAGUCAAAACCAAGGAGGAGGAGGCGACACCAGGGGAGAGGAGUCAAAACCAAGGAGGAGGAGGCAACACCAGAGUAG